AUGGGAGGAACUCGUGAAAAGAAAGCCGAAUACUUCAUCAAGCUUAGACAGCUCUUGGAGGACUACAAGUCCAUCUUCGUCGUCGGUGUCGACAACGUCUCGUCCCAACAAAUGCACGAGAUCAGAAAGGCCCUCCGUCAAGAUGCCGUUGUUCUCAUGGGUAAGAACACCAUGGUCAGAAGAGCCAUCCGUGGCUUCUUGUCCGACUUGCCUGAGUACGAGAAGUUGUUGCCUUACAUCAGAGGUAACGUUGGUUUCAUCUUCACCAACGCUGACUUGAAGACCAUCAGAGACGUCAUCAUCGACAACAAGGUUGCUGCUCCAGCCAGAGCUGGUGCCGUUGCCCCAGCCGAUGUCUGGGUUCCAGCCGGUAACACUGGUAUGGAGCCAGGUAAGACCUCGUUCUUCCAGGCCCUCGGUGUCCCAACCAAGAUUGCCAGAGGUACUAUUGAGAUCACCGCUGACUUCCAGGUCUUGACUGCUGACUCCAAGGUCGGUCAAUCUGAGGCCUCCUUGCUUAACAUGUUGAACAUUUCUCCUUUCACCUACGGUUUGAGUGUUCUCCACGUAUACGACGACGGUCAGAUCUUCCCUCCAUCGGUUUUGGACAUCACCGACGACGAGCUGCUCAAGCACUUCGUCUCGGCCAUUACCACUAUCGCCACCAUCUCUUUGGCUGCCGGUUACCCAACCUUGCCAUCCGUUGGUCACUCCGUCAUCAACCACUACAAGAACGUCUUGGCCUUGUCCAUCGCUACCGACUACACCUUCGAGGGAUCUGAGGAGAUCAAGGACAGAAUUGCCAACCCAGAGGCUUACGCCGCUGCUGUUGUUGAGACUGCUGCCCCAGCUGCUGCCGCCGCCAAGGAGGAGGCUCCAGCUGAGGAGGAGGAAGAGUCUGACGACGACAUGGGAUUCGACAUGUUCGGUUAA